UCAUCUGAUAAUUCAUCAGAUAAUUUUUCAACCAUUUCUUUAACUGAAGAAGAAAUAAUUGAACCACCAAUGGCUCUCUCCAAGAUUUAAUGAAACAUUUUAAAUAUAAAUUACAAGAUCAAUAUUAUACUGAUAAUAAUAUAACAAUCAUUUUUAUUAAUGAAAAUACUAUUGUAGAGUCGUUAAUUGAAUGGGCUAAAUAUUGUCAGCUGUACUUUACAGAUGGAUUAAUUGAUAAUUCACCAGAAUGCCAUACACUCGGUAUACUUUUAUUUUGGACCAUUUUACAUUAUGGACAAUGGCCCCAAUGGUUGAUAUCCAAUAUUUGAUCGAUGAAAAAAUUGAACACGAAAAGAUUUUGAAAGAAUGUAAUCCUAUUUCCUAUAAAUUGGUUCGUCAAUUAAAGAAAAAGAAGUCUAAUUUUAAUGAUUUGUUACAUUCUUGGGUGAAUAACCGUGAUAUUAAUAUUGAUCAUAUCAAAACUUUAAAUAAUAAUGAAGCUGCUUCUUAUGUAGCUAAAUACGAAGUCAUUACAAUUAGGAAAAAUGCUCUUGAUGAUUUCAAACUAGGAUUCAACAAAUUUAAUAUCAUCAACAAAUUAAAAAAUUACAAAUAUCAUAAUAUAGUUCGUGAAUUAUACUAUAAAAUUACAUAUGAUAUCGUAAUUGAUCAAUUCGAUUCUGAAUACAUUGAACAACAAGCACGAUCACAUGAUAAACCACAAUAUCGACUAUUGUAUGAAGAAUUUAAAGAAUUAUUAAGAUCAAUGGAUGAAGAAGAGCUUAAAAAUGUUAUGAAGUUUGCAACUGGUGCUAGUAUUAUUCCAGCAUUACCAAAAAUCAAAAUUUCGUGGGUCAAGCUUAAUACAGAUGAAGGGUUCAAUACUUUUGAGGAGGACUUACGUAGUGGAUUUAUAAAUCAUGAAGGUUUCUCAGAACCAGUUUAUUCAAGAAACUAUAACAGUAAUUUCAUUUUACAGAAUGAAAUUAAUAAUGAAUUGGAAUUUUCAAGUUCACAGCUUAAUAAUACAGCAACUGGAACGCUUGUUCAACCAGCAUCUAAUAUUAAUUCUGGCAAUUCAGUUGAGAAUGCCAUUCCCGUUGAUGCAUUAGAGUUAAGCACGGAUUCUUAUCAGAAUGUUAAUUCAAAUAUUCCGAAUGUAAGACAAAUGGUAACAUUCCGUUGGGUUAAUGUAACCAAUCCACUAGAACGUAGAACUAGGAGGGAGUCUGCUGAGUUUUAAAGUAAAAGCAAGAACAUAACCUUGCUAAACUCCUUUGUCCUAAUUUUUGAGCAUUAUUCAGAUUGUUUCUUUUGUUUCUUAAUAAUAAUUAGGUUAAUACAUGUAGAUAUCAUCAAAUUACAUGAAAUAGUGCACAGAAAUAAAUUUCAUAUUUUUCUAACAAAUUUUGUUAAAAUUGGAUAAACUUAUAAAUGUAAAUAUUUUUUAUUUACUUUCCAUUAUUAAUUGACAAGAAUAUGUACCACAACAUAGAUCACACCCUGAUCCAACCCAUAAAGAUAAUGCCG